AUGGAUUCAGAGACUAGUACAAUAACUGAGGUAGUAGAAACAAUCCUACAACCACAAUCCGUGGAGAGCUCCAUAGAACUACCACCAGAACAGUGGUCAUCACUGGAAAUAGUAAUACCCGAAGAAAAUAAGAAGAAACUUCUAUAUGAUGACGGAUUGUAUGAUCCUGGUAGCGGAGAAAUUUGUGCCAAGUAUAUAACUAUUUCCGCCAGUUCCAUAUUAAGACACCCUUACUACAAUUAUCCAGCUAUUAAAGACCCAGGGAUAGAAGAAGCUUUGUUAAAACCUGAGAAACUGAUCGUGUACCCCGACGAUGGCCAAGAGUUGUAUCUAGCCACCUGCCGAGAAAUGAAUCAGUGCCCAGUCAGGAGCUUUUAUAAAGGUUUACUUGAUGAAGAAAUAGACCUGCGAUAUUACUGUGUCAGUGCUGCAGGAAUUCGGGCUAUGGCCAUCGCCUUACGGUACAACAAGACGGUCAAAACUUUUAAUCUUACUGAUAACUUUUUGAACGACGAUGCCAGCUAUCAUCUGGGAGAAAUGCUUUUAACGAAUAACACCAUUAACUAUCUCAUUUUGCGCGGCUGCAGGAUUGGUCCAACGGGUGUCCUGCGACUGUUUUCCCCUUUGCCAAAUAAUAGAGGCCUGCAGAAUCUUGAUUUGAGCUAUAACCAGAUAGGGGAUGAAGGAAUGGAACAUAUAGCGAAAGCAGUGUUUUAUGGGCUAGAAAUAAAGAAUAUCAAUUUAAGCUAUAAUAAUAUAACAGGGAAAGGUGUUAUGAUGUUGGCAGAGCCUUUUGAGACAAACAACAAGUUCACACAUAUAAAUCUUUCGUGGAACAAAGUAUUUACUCCUGGGAGUUACGCUUUCCUUUUGAAAUUAUCAGAAAGCACUUGCCUUCAAGAGUUGAACUUGUCAUGGAACUCUUUGUCUGGUGCUCGAUUAAGUCUAGCGUUAAAAGAAAUUUUACUGUGCCCAUUAUUAAGGGACCUAAACCUCAGCAACAAUAAGCUUGAAGGAGAAGCUAUAGUUAACAUCAUAGCUAAUUUAGGCAAAGCUAAGAAACUUGUUACUCUCAAUUUGUCGUACAACCCCCUCACACCUGCUGAUGCUAUGAAAGUUCUUAAUAAAGUGAAGUCACCCGCUGUGAAACUGCAAAGGCUAUAUUUAGAUAACGUGUUUGUUGCUGGAGAUUUUUUGAAUCUACUCGCACGUAUGAGAGGUAUGAAGUCCAAGAAAAAUAUAAUCGUGACGUACGGAGGCGUUGUUGGCAGUUUUAUACCUAAAGGACCAGACAUCAGGGAGCUGAUCCUGAAUAGAGUUGAGUUCCUCACUAAGAGGUCGAAGAAGCAUCCAACAGACAUCGCACUUAUAGCCCUGCAACUACAAAAAGACAACCGUUCCAUAAUAAACGUCAAAGAUUUCUUGACUAUUAUACAAGCGUCGGGUGCACCUCUUGAUGAAAACCUUGUAGAUGAAUUAUGCAUGACUUUCCCAGGACCAAGAACUGCUAAAUUUAGAACUGUAAAUAUUGACCUUCUGGUAGAGUAUAUCCAACGAAAAUGGCCUGACAGGAAGUUACCUCCUACGCCUCCUCCAGAACCUGAGCCUGAACCAGAACCACCGCCUAAAAAAGGAAAAAAAGACGCCAAAAAGAAAGGCAAAGGAAAGAAGUGA